AUGCGGGAGGCAGGGACGCGGCUGUCCGUGCUUCAGUUACUCCCAGCACCGACAGAACACGGGCAGCGGCACCGCCGCGCCGUCCCCGCCGAGAGGCGCAGCCAAGGCCGGGCCGCGCCGCGUGAGCGCCCUCGGGCUCAGUUCGUGGGGCACGGGUGCGAUAUUGAUGAAGAAAUUGAAGCUGAGUACAACAUUUUGAAAGCUCUCUCUGAUCAUCCCAAUGUAGUCAAAUUCUAUGGCAUGUACUACAAGAAAGAUGUGAAAAAUGGAGACCAGCUUUGGCUUGUUCUUGAGCUGUGCAAUGGUGGAUCUGUGACUGAUCUUGUGAAAGGAUUUCUGAAGAGAGGUGAAAGAAUGAAUGAACUUAUAAUUGCUUACAUCUUACACGAAGCUCUGAUGGGACUUCAGCAUUUGCAUGAAAACAAAACUAUCCACCGUGAUAUUAAGGGAAAUAAUAUCCUUUUGACCACUGAAGGAGGAGUCAAGCUCGUGGAUUUUGGUAUGUAG